CAGAAGUAAAACUGCAGUAGUAGUAAUAAAAAAAGAACAAACAGUAAGGCAUUCUGUGCAGACACAUUGGAAUUUGACACACAGCGAAAGUGCGUCUCCCGAAUGGCUAAACUACCAGGAAAUGCCGGAGUGUCGGUGCUCGGUGACAAGUCUCUGGAGUUCUACCGGGACCCGGUGAGUUUCUGUCAGCAGAGGAUCGAGAAGCACCGGAGCAGAGUGUUUCAAUGCCGCAUGCUGAACAGGCCGACCACCUUCAUCUGCUCCGUGAAGGGGAUGAGGGAGCUGCUGUGUGAGAAGUCCAACUUGUUUCUGAAGGAUCCAACUGACUUGAUGACCAACAUGUAUGGUGACACCGUUGUCACCACUAAUGGUGAGGAGGCAUGUCUUCUCCGUCUUUCUCUCACCAGCCUGUUCACAGGAAGUUGUUUGAAGUCAUCUAAUGAUUAUAUCACCAGUGUAUGUGAGCGCUGUCUGAAGGACCUCUCUCUCAGUGGCCGGCCACAGUGUGUGUAUUCUGCCUUUAAACGUUUAGGGACAGAGUUGGUGUUGGGCCUUUUUCUGAACGUACGGGCAGAAGAGCAACCCAAGGUUUUCCAGGAAAUCAUGCAGCUCUGCACCCAGCACUGGCAUGGUCUGAUCUCUGCCCCGGUCAACGUGAAAGUUCCUCUGUGGUCGUCGGGUUUCUCCACUGCUCUGGACGCCAGAGACAAACUGAUGGACAUCAUCAAAGACAAACUGGAGAAUGACACACAGGGUUUUGUCGGCUCCCUCCGUUCUUUGCCGCUGCCCGACUCUAGUUCAGCCCCCCAGCAUCUCCUGCUGUUCAUCUCAGCCCUGAUCCCCAAAGCUCUGGCAUCGCUGCUCACCUCCUUCACACUGGCACUCAGUGGAAACGAACAGAUCCGUCUGCGAGCGAUGGAAGACCCUGAUUACCUGCAAGCCGUACUGCUGGAAGUUCAGAGACUUUGGCCUCCUUUCAUUGGUGGACGCAGAGUAGCUGAUCAGGACUCCACGCUCGCAGGGUUUCAUGUCCCAAAGGAUUAUGGUGUGAUUUAUAUCAGCCACUCUGUCCACCGCGACCCAGAGGUGUUCCAGCAGCCAGACACCUUCCUGCCAGAGAGAUGGAGCGGGAGGAAUGCAGGCCAGGAGCACUUGCUGUGUUCUUUCGGCAACGGGCCCAGAAGCUGCAUUGGAACUAAACUUACCGAUGUCUUCCUUAAGGAAGCGUGCAUGUACCUGUUAAAGAACUACGAUUGGUGUUUGGACCCUGCAUCACAGGAGUCUGAGUACAAAUGGCUGCCUGUGUCUCGCCCGGCCAACCCGCCCACCAUCUCCUUUACCCGACUGGAUCAGACGCGAUCUGACAGGAGCGACACCAGCUAGGGAUACACAGUAUGUUUAGGGAUGUUCCUGCUGAUAAGUUGGGGGGAAAAAGAAAAACACAUGAGCCCAAAACAUUGUAGCUAGAGGCAAAAUAUGCAUGCCUAGAAUGCGCACAACAACCUGGAUAAUAUGUGAACACCCCCAGAGGGAAUCCAACAAACUGUGAGGCUUCCCCAUGCUGCACAUAAUACAGUUAUCGUCCUGGGGAAAGCCGAGGAGGGUGCUGUUUUUACUCUGUGUUCCUCUGCCAGAUAUAUUUGGCAGCUUUGCUUGAGGAAUCUGCAACAAAAGACAAAAUACAUGACUCAUAAUCAUUCUCUUAUUGCUGAAUCUGACGCUGCUAGACAGCAUUUUUUUGGUCUGUUUUUUAAUGAUUCAUUUAUGUCAGUUUAAAAAGAUUCACCCAACCCACAAGAUGAAACUCCUUGUCCCACUGAAUCAUUCUUGUAUAUAGAUCAGAUAUUGCUUAUAGGUAGAAUUUAGAUAAACUUCCUUUUUCCCCUGAUGGAGUUUGCUGUGAACAUAAAUUGAAAUUACGUCCAAAACUGCAGUCCUUAGAAAUUGCCUUUCCCCGACUCUGCAGUAUCAAUAUUUUAACCACAUAUAUCAAAGGGAACACACGCACAUGCACACACGCACGCACGCAGAGGUAAGCCCUCAGAUUCAAUACCUAACUGCAGACCUGUCUCCCCUACCCCUUCCACCACCUAGCAACCACCACUGCUUAGCAACAGUUCGUCAUACCGACACUGACUUUAGUAUGCAAGUCUCACACACACACACACACACACACACACACACACACACACACACACACACACACACACACACACACACACACACACACACACACACACACACACACUAACCUGUUAUUUUUGAAAGCAGUUGGCAGUGAUACACACACCAUCUGAAUCACAUGUAAAUAAAGCCAGAAGGCGUUUGAGAUUGCACGCCUACAUUUUAAAUAACCUUAGUAACCUGAAUGAUUUAUAGCACAUGAGUCAUAUACCAAACUUUAGUUUCUCUGUGUCUAUCACAUGGAACACAAAAAAUUGUUUUAAAUGUUUGUUUAUUUAAUAUUGAAGUGACACAUUUUUUACAUUAUAUAACAUAUCGUUUAUGUUUGCAUUUGUCUGUCAUAGUCAUUUAAGUGCAUAAUUGUUAAAUUACUUUUAUAUGUUGUAGUAAAAAAUGUGACAUUAUUUAGUAGAUCCAGCCUUAUUACAAGUGUUUCACUGUAGUUCCUUCUGUUUCUGUAUCAUGUCAAAUCUACAGUUGAAAUAUUAUAAUCUUGAAUGCUAGUAGUUUACAAAUUGAUCUUGGGGUUCAUCGGAUGAUUCUAGGAA